GCGGAACCUUUGUGUGUUCACUUGACUUUCUCGUCGGAUUUAUUUUCACUCGGCACCACACUAGCUCGGCUCUGUAGCUUCUCUAAAUAAGAAUUUGAUGAAAAUCUGACGGCAAGACCUCGUGGUUUUGUUCAUCCAUGCCACUAAAGGAUCAGUCAAACUCCACAGCCAUGAAACCAGCAGUGGAUGAGAUGUUUCCGGAGGGCGCUGGGCCGUACGUCGAUCUGGACGAGGCUGGGGGAAGCACAGGACUGCUGAUGGACCUGGCUGCCAAUGAAAAGGCAGUUCAUUCAGACUUCUUCAAUGAUUUUGAGGAUCUGUUUGAUGAUGAUGACAUCCACUGACAGAGACUAACGUGUCUCCAGAGUAAUGAUGGAUGAUAUUCACACUACUCCACCCCUUUUUUUCCCGCCUCAACAUUUUUUUUUUUGUGGAAAGCAAACCAACCAUUUACUGUCUAAUGACAUACAAUUUCCUUUCAUAGUUCAUAGGCUUUUUAAAAACAUUCUUGAAAAGUCAUCACCGGCUCCAGAUGUUGUGAAAUUCUUAAGAUCCCAAGGAUUCCUUCAUAUAUGGUAUGUUAAAAUUAUGAGCUUGUAUCGUGCUCAUGUCUUUGACUGCUUCUAAACUGGAUUGCAGGUUUGAGUGUGCCGAAGAACACCUGUUAGGAACGUAAUUAUACAUAUGGUGGGCAGAGGCUCCAUAUGCGGUCGCCCUUAAACUUGCUGCAGAUGGCAUUUGAUAAAUGAUGGUCUGCUAAAAUGGCUUAAAUUAUUUGUAUGACAGUGUGUGAUAGUCACAUAUAUUCUGUGUGUCAUGUCAUGUCAUGAAUUUGUACAUAUGUGCACAGAAGUUAUGCAUCCACAGUUGGAUGCUGGUCAAUUAUCAAUAAAUAGUAUUUUUUAUAUAUGAGGCAGUAAA